AUGGAGGACUUUCUGCUCUCCAAUGGAUACCAGCUGGGCAAGACCAUUGGGGAAGGGACCUAUUCAAAAGUGAAGGAAGCAUUUUCCAAAAAACAUCAAAGAAAAGUGGCAGUUAAAAUUAUAGACAAGAUGGGAGGGCCAGAAGAAUUUAUCCAGAGGUUCCUGCCGCGCGAGCUCCAGAUCGUCCGUAGCCUGGAUCAUAAGAACAUCAUCCAGGUGUAUGAGAUGCUGGAGUCGGCCGACGGUAAGACCUACUUGGUGAUGGAGCUGGCCGAGGGGGGAGAUGUCUUUGACUGCGUGCUGCACGGAGGGCCUCUGCCCGAGAGCCGGGCCAAGGCCCUCUUCCGCCAGCUGGUGGAGGCCAUCCGCUACUGCCACGGCUGUGGCGUGGCCCACCGCGACCUGAAGUGUGAGAACGCCCUGCUGCAGGGCUACAACCUGAAGCUGACUGACUUCGGCUUUGCCAAGGUACUGCCCAAGACACGGCGGGAGCUGAGUCAGACCUUCUGUGGGAGCACAGCCUAUGCUGCCCCAGAGGUGCUGCAGGGCAUCCCCCAUGACAGCAAGAAGGGGGAUGUCUGGAGCAUGGGCGUGGUCCUCUAUGUCAUGCUGUGCGCCAGCCUACCCUUUGAUGACACAGAUAUCCCCAAGAUGCUGUGGCAGCAGCAGAAGGGGGUGUCCUUCCCUGGGCACCUGGGCAUCUCGGCUGAAUGCCAGGACCUGCUCAAGAGGCUCCUAGAACCAGACAUGAUCCUCCGGCCUUCAAUCGAAGAAGUUAGUUGGCAUCCAUGGCUAGCAAACACUUGAUAAAAGCAAUAGCAAGUCCUCCCCAAUAAAGCAGGGGAGAAAGAAAACCCAAAGUCUGCUUCUAAAAUGGUGAUAUAUAUUUUACACUUUACGUUUGCUUAUCCUAUAAAACUCAUCCCCACCCCCUUUCUCUUUUCCCUUAAAAGACCUUCAUGGAAUCAAGGGCUUCAUUCAGACCUCCCAUUUAUCACGCCCGAUGUGAAUUUGUAUACAGCAGGUGUUUAACUAAAGUAAAUUAAAAUAGA